AUGUCCAGAAGGCGUAAAUGGCCCCUGUUCAUAUUUUUAUUGGUUGCAUUUUUUUUUCAUUUUUUGACAAGUCCGUACUGCAAAGUAACUUGUGUAAAAGGCAAAUGUGAGCCUACCUUUUUAAGAACCUUUGAAUUUGAAAUUUCAAGAAAUAAAACUCAAGUUGAGAGAAAAAGGAAGAAUUACAGAAUUAGCGAAAAGAAGUUUCACCAUGUUUAUUCCAAUCGAAAAUGUCUUCUUCAUAGAAGUAAAUAUAAAAAUGAAAGUAGGAUUCCUCCUAAUAGGGUAGACACACAACACAAAGGGGAUCCUUUGUCAAUUGAAGGGCAUAACAGACACCAAUUUUCCAAUGUGUCAAAUCACAACAGAAGAAAAAAAAUAAUCAUAAAAAAAAAAAAAAAAAAAUACACAAAAGCAGAAGUAAAAGCAGUGAAGGAAAAAGAGUUUGUGCACAAAUUGAGAAAGAGAAAAUCAUCUCAAGGUGUUGUAAAAAAUGUGAAAAAGCAGGUGAGACGUCGAAUUAGUCAGGGUGACAGUGAAAAAGUGCACAGGAAAGCACCCCAGGGAAGCGACCCAGAUAGUGCAGCUAAGGGAAGCGGUCGAGAUAGUGCACCUGGCAAAGUGGACGAAACAGAGUGGAAGGAUGAACUUAGGGAAGGAGAUCUAAAAAGUGGAAACAUUUCCAAAUCAGGAAAAAGGUUUCGAAAAGGAAAAGCAAAGCACAUAUCGCGAAAGGAGAAAAAAAUCCUGGAUAUGUUUGAAAACAACCUGAACGAGUCCAUCGAAAAGUUAAAUAAAAAAACGAGGAAAUAUGAAUUAUGCAGACAAAAUGAGAGUUUAAAAAGUGGAAUUAUGCAGAACGAAAUUCUUCGCAAAGUGUUAGCUAUCGAUAGAUCAGAAAAAGCAGAAAAGGCAGAAAAAGCAGAAAAAGCAGAAAAGGCAGAAAAGGCAGAAAAGGCAGAAAAAGCAGAAAAAGCAGAAAAGGCAGAAAAGGCAGAAAAAGCAGAAAAAGCAGAAAAGGCAGAAAAGGCAGAAAAAAGAGGAAAAACAAUUGGAAGGAGACCCUUCACUCAAGAUAACCUGGUGCAAUCAAAGAAACCUGUCGUCCAUUAUGUUGAUGAUAUUAGCGAUGAUGUAGAAAUUGACCAAAGACAACCAACUGAGGCGAUGGAAAAAAAUAGAGGUGCUUCUAUCCGAGAAAAGGUUAAAUUUGAUUUGCAAUUGCAUAGAAAGGGAAACGAAGAAUCAUUCAAGCGAAGGAGUUCCAACCGAAAUGAAGAAAAAAGGGAGAAUAUAAACAUGACAAGUCAUGAGAAACGGGAGAAGGGGUGUACUCGUUUUAGAGAAGUGGAGGAAGGUGAAGAAGUGGAGGAAGGUGAAGAAGUGGAGGAAGGUGAAGAAGUGGAGGAAGGUAGAAAAAUGGAGGAAGGUAGAAAAAUGGAGAAAGGUAGAAAAAUGGAGGAAGGUAGAAAAAUGGAGAAAGGUAGAAAAAUGGAGGAAGGUAGAAAAAUGGAGGAAGGUAGAAAAAUGGAGAAAGGUAGAAAAAUGGAGGAAGAUAGAAAAAUGGAGGAAGGUAGAAAAAUGGAGGAAGGUAGAAAAAUGGAGGAAGGUAGAAAAAUGGAGGAAGACCAAUUCAAAGAAGUGAAAAGCGUUAUAAAAAUUAAAAACUGCAUUGAUAAUUUCAGAAAAAAUAUCCAUAUAAAUUGUGACAAAUCUGAGCUCAGUGAACGCGCGUAUAACCGAUUAACCAAGUUUAGCAGCAUCAUUGACUUGAAUUCAAACAAGGGGACGAAUAAAAAACCUCCCAUGGUAGAAACAAAGGAGGGACGCAAAACAUUUGCAGAUAUAGGUAUUUAUGAUCAUUUUCUCAAGGUAUACUUGAAAUAUAACGAGAUUGAAAAACCUACAGAGUAUCAAGCCAAGUUUAUCCCUCUUCUUAUAUUCUUUAUGAACAAUGGAUUUAAUGAUUUAAAGAACUGUAUCAUGCAAGGCGAUGAUAGAUCCGAGAAAAAAGUCUCUUCGGGAGGAGAUUCUCCAGGAGGGCAUUCUUCUGAUGGUAUCACAUCUCAAGAAAAAGCCUUCAAACGAGAUAAUUCUUGCCACCCCGAUAAUCAUUCCAAACCAGAUAAUCCUUGCCACCCCGAUAACCAUUUCAACCACCCAGUGGAAAGAAUACUCUAUGUAAACAAUUACAACAACAAGACGAGGAAAUUCAUACGAACCUUCUUCCUUCACUGCCCAACUGGAACAGGGAAAACUCUCAUUUACGUGCUUCCCAUUUUCCAACAUAUCACCAAUGUGGGGAGAGAAGUGAAAGAAGUGGAAGAAGUGAAUGGAGCAGACUUGUCAGAACAUGCUGGAACAUGUGUGAAGAGCGCAGAAAUUUUUUAUAAAAGAAAAAAAAUUAACGAUAAAAUUACCUCUUUCCUAUGCUCGAGCAUGAAACAAGAAGAGGAGUUUUUUACCUUGCACAACAGAUGUAAACUGAGUUAUGCGUUGAAGUGUCUAGCCAAGAAGGAAAGAAAAGAGGAUAUAAAAAAAUCCAUACAGGAGAAUCCUAGUGCACUAAGGGAAAGUUUAAAACUGAAAAGAGGAGAGAAAUUUCUCCACGCAGAAAAAAAAGGAAAAAAAGACAUCCUGAUUGUAACCUACAAUAAAGAAUUAGCAGUUCAGAUAUACCAACUUUAUAAAGAUCUUAUUGAUUCAUAUUACAAAUCUUUGAAAUCUAACUUUUUCCAUUUUAAUAAUUCCAUUUUGUGGAACUAUUUUAGCGACAUAGAAGCAGAAAAACAAGCAUUCAUUGAACACCUAAAUGUAAAUUUAAAAAAAAAAAUCAACAUAAACGUGAAUUUGAUAAUUGGUGGAAACAACAUCAAAUAUCAAUUGAAAAGUUUGAAGCGACCAAAGAUGAACAUAAUAAAAGAUGAAGCGAGUGAAGCGGGCAGAAAUGGAAACAAUGUCAAGAGUGAUAGUGAGAGGAACGCUUCUGAGAAAUGCAAAGCAUCAGCAGAGGAAAUUGAGAAUGUUAAUAUUUAUAUAGGAACUCCAGGUAGACUGGAAAGGUUAAUUCACGAAAGGAAAAUUAUCAAUAUGGAGAAUAUUUCAACAAUAAUCUUUGAUGAGUAUGAUUUUUUUUUCAACAAAUAUGACAAAGGGGGAAAGAAAAAUGGGGAAAAAAAGGGGGAAAAAAAGGGGGGAAAAAAAGGGGAAAAAAAGGGGGGAAAAAAAGGGGAAAAAAAGGGGGGAAAAAAAGGGGAAAAAAAGGGGGGAAAAAAAGGGGAAAAAAAGAAGAAAAAAACGGAAGUAGAAGCAGGAUCAGAAAAAGAAGCAGAAUCAGGAUCAGAAGCAGAAUCAGGAUCAGAAGCAGAAUCAGGAUCAGAAGCAGAAUCAGGAUCAGAAGCAGAAACCAAAGCAGAAACCAAAGCAGAAACCGAAACCGAAACCGAAACCGAAACCGAAGCAGGGGUGGAAAAGCCAGUGGUGGAGAAUGAAUUUUUUUCCAAAAUUUUAAAAAGCAUAUAUAAUAACAAAAAGGAUAGACAUAACGACAAGAAACUAGGGAGCCCAACAGGUGUAUCAUGCACGAACGUCAUAUGCUGCAGUGCAACCUCAUCUGUGUACUCGUACCUAACAUACACGAAACAUAUCAUUACAACAAACUUCCUCCGUUCCUUGCACAGUUGCAAAUACACAGGGGAGGAAGGAUUCCCUCAUCCCGCCUUCACCUCUGAGUCAUGUUCUAAGAGUUACUUCAGUGAAAAUGGGGAGAAGAAAUUGCCAGAUGGGGAGAAGAAAUUGCCAGAUGGGGAGAAGAAAUUGCCAGAUGGGGAGAAGAAAUUGCCAGAUGGGGAGAAGAAAUUGCCAGAUGGGGAGAAGAAAUUGCCAGAUGGGGAGAAGAAAUUGCCAGAUGGGGAGAAGAAAUCGCCAGAUGGGGAGAAGAAAUCACCAGGUGGGGAGAAGAAAUCACCAGGUGGGGAGAGCCAAUACGUGAUUAAUUACGAAAUAGAAGAGGCUAUGCUGAACAAGUUGUUCAAUUUGAAGGAAUUCGCAAAAAUACCGGAAAACUUGAUCCAUUUAAAUUAUUCGUAUGAUAGAAAAAAUAGAGAGAGGAAUAAUAGCGCAACGAUGAACUUUUUAAAUGUAUUAUUUUCCAACCCCUUGCAUAAAAAUGUGUUGGUUUUUUGCAACACUAAGAAAAAAGUCAUGGACUUGUGGAGCCUUUUUCGAAACAGAUUCGACGUGGAUAUCCAAACAAUCUUCGCUGAGAAUAAGAAUACCAAAAGAAAAAAAAAAAAAAAAAAAAUUUUCAAAGACAUAAACUACGCAAACUUUUUUAAAAAUGAUUUGGUUGACUAUAAGAAUUUGAAAAAGUACGUCAACUUUUUAUUCCUUUCAACCAAUAUACUCUACAGGGGAAUUAACUGCAUGGGAUUCACAACCAUUGUUAACUUCGACAUGCCUUCAAGCCCGACCGAAUACAUUCACAGGUGCGGACGAAUUGGCAGAAUCAACAACAAGGGAGUUAUUAUUAACAUCUUUGAAAAAAGAGAAAAGGGAAUAUACAAGAGGAAAAUAUUUACAAAGUUGGGCUUGAAGGUUUACGAUAUUGAUUGUUACAUGAACAAUUUGUUUACACUCAAGGAUGGAACACAGUGA